UGGAUGAGCCAUCUUGAGAUGGGGAGGAUCAGACAGUUUCUCUGAUUCAAAUAUCUGAACUGAGCUUCAUCUGACUGGCUUCUCUCGAGCUCUUACUGUUCUUGUGCUGUCUGCGCGGAUUGUGAGGUUCGAUGCCCCGACACAACUUCAAUCAGCAAUGCAUGUUUCCAUCAACAACACAGUCUAGCAUCAAACUCCUACGUUGAGAAUGGAGGGUUUACAGCAAUCAGCAUUGCUUUGUUGAACAAGAAUUAACUGCGCAUACUGAUAACGACAAGAUCACACGCAGUUCUUAAACUGCCUCUUCACCGAAAUGUUUAGGGCCACCUUCCGCACGCUGAACUCUCUUGCCGACGGGAGAACAGGACUGUCCUGCCGUGCUUGGUUCUUUCCUUGAUCAGGAGGCUGCGUGACUGACUACCUUACCUUUUACCUUGCGCUGUGGAAAGGGAACUUCCGACUUCAUCCUUUCAUCCUCAUCCUCAUUCGUGCCCGCUUACAAGACUUCUUUGGAAGAACGGGACAGUCCAUCGACACUAAACCACACCAUAUUCAGACCUCUUCCUAUAAAUAGCUGUACCUACAUCAAUAUUCACAAUGGAGAAUUCUACACCUAACCCCGAGCAUCAUCAGCAUCAUGCACAUCACUCCCUCGAGGACGACAAUCAAAAGCCUCCAAGUACAAGGUCCAUCGAAUUCAGCUCGCCGCUCGCCCAGCCACCAGUUAAACGCUCACCUCCUGUACAUCUGAAAGGAGAUGAGCGCAAAGAUCCCCUGAAGCCAGAGCUGAAGGAGGAGCUCCCCCUGAGCGUGCUGCUCGAUGAACUUAAACGCCGGAGUGAAUACGUCGUUUGCCCAAGGUGUAAAGUCUGGGCCAGGACUACCACAAGGGAAAAAUCCGGUAAUCUGACUCAUGCUACGGCCUUGUCCAUAGCCAUCAGCAGCUAUCUUUGGCUGGCAUGGAUACCCUACUUCAUCAACAAGCUCAAGAAUGUUCUUCAUCACUGUGGCAAUUGUGAACUACUCCUUGCUGAGUACCACCGAAGUGGUUACACUGAAGUCUUCGCCUUCCCAAUGGUGAGAACAGGCGUUGAUGAUAAUUAAUAACGAUGGGCUCAAGAUUGAGGACAAGACUAGGGAAAGUCGCUUGCUUUGAAGUUCCACAACGGAAUGAUAUCCUAGGUCUCCUUACUACCCCUUGUCGAGACUUUCUCUUCCCUUUAGUUCAGACAUCGAUAAGAUUGUAUCAAUAACACAUUCACAUCGACCAGUGCUCGUUCAGCACUGAUGACAUUCGUGUUCCUCGACUCCUAUGCUGUGCACACCACCGUUGUUCAUAUC